ACAGUUCCACGAAAAGCAGUUAGUCAUAUUAAAAAAUAAAAAUAACAAGGAAAAAAAGCAAGAAAAAAAAACACUUUUCCACUCCAGUCUCCUCACCAGUAUGAAACCCACCUUCACAUUAACCUCUAACCGCCCCCACCAUCUUCUUCUUCCUCCCGCUUUUCUCUUUUCACCCAAAAAAAGUCCCCAAAACCUUUCAAAUUUCCUGUGAUUGUGAAAUUAUUAUUAUGAAAGGGAAAAAAGACAGAGCUUCUUCGUCUCAUCAAUCUCUGAUCACUCAUGUCUUUCCAGUUUCUUGGCUUUCAAAGUUCAAUCAAAAGAAGCCAGAUUUUCCUUCCCCGGCUCCAUUGAAGGCAAAAGGAAGGUUUUAUACCAGAAAGGAUAUUGAUGAUGAUGAUCCUUUCUGGAGUCUCUCUUUUACUAAAGAAAAAUCCCAGAAAGAUCCAACGCUUCCCAAACUGAAAAUAAGAGCUCCUUCAGAGGAGGUUGAAGAGAGCAAUAAAUCUGUGCAUCUUAUUCCUACAGAGUAUAACCAGAGAAGGAGGAGAAGGCUAAAGAGGAGAAAUGAGAGUUUCAGAGUGGGAGCUGCUUAUUCUCCAAGGAGUGAGUGCAAGAUCAAAGCUUUGGAACACAUGAAGAGGGGAAAGAUGAAGAUCAGAAAAAAGAGUGUGGGACAAAAAGGGAAGUGUGAAAGAACAGCCUUUGACAGAUUUGCUGUGGUCAAGAGUUCAUUUGACCCAGAGCAAGACUUCAAAGAUUCAAUGAUGGAGAUGAUCACUCAGAUUGGGAUCAAGAGGCCAGAAGAGCUUGAAGAGCUGUUGGCAUGUUACUUGACAUUAAAUUGUGACCAUUACCAUGCCAUCAUCAUCAAGGCCUUCAGGCAAGUAUGGUUUGACCUAAAUCAAGACAAUGUAUGCUGGUAAUGAAACACACCACAAAUUCUAUCUUGAUGUUUUUUGAAUAACUCUGUUUAUACAUAAAAGUCCAUAUUAUACUCGGUAUAUUGUAAUACCAAUGACUGAAGAUUGUAUUAUAUGGAGUACUAUUAUAUGAACUAAAUUUAGGCAUUAUGUUUCAACUCUUCAAUAAGGUAAUUUAAGUAACACGAGUAUAAAAAUGUUGACA